AUGGCACCUUUUUCUUUUAUAAAAACAUCCAUAUUAAUCUUUGCAUACCUAUUCUUAUGGUAUCAAACCAAUUAUCAACACCAGGUGAGUGCUUUAAGCACAUUAAACGAUGAUGAUGCUACUUCUAUGGAAAGUCUAUUUACAAAAGUGCAGAAGACCAAAUUUGAUAAGAAUGGGAACGCUGACAAAUUAACCAAUUAUGACAAUUCCAUGGAAAGUCUAUUUACAAAAAUGCAGAAGACCAGAUUUCCCCACUAUUCUGAUGACUUGUCCACCAAUUAUGACACUUCUAUGGAAAGUCUAUUUACCAAAAUGCAGAAGACCAGAUUUCCCCACUAUUCUGAUGACUUGUCCACCAAUUAUGACACUUCUAUGGAAAGUCUAUUUACCAAAAUGCAGAAGACCAGAUUUCCCCACUAUUCUGAUGACUUGUCCACCAAUUAUGACACUUCUAUGGAAAGUCUCUUUCCUCAAAUGAGAGAUGUUCAUCAUGAUGACCAUGACUACUUCCACCAUAAUGGUCGUCAUCAUCCUCAUCAUCAGCAUCAUCAUAAUGGUCAUCAUUAUGAUGACAAAUCAACGAAUUAUGACAGUUCCAUGGAAAGUCUCUUUCCCGAAAGGAGAGAUUUUCAUGGUGAUUAUGAAGAUACUAUAACCACAGACACUUACUCACAAAAAGGUGGAUACGUCGACAAACAUAACUACAUUUUUGACGAAGAUUUCUACCAUGUAAUGUACAAAAAUAAUGGAAAUGAACAGACAAAGGCAAAGGCCAAAACAGGAGUACAUUUACCCAUGUUAGAUGAAUAUUCCAUAGAGGAACAUGAAUAUUAUAACAAUUCUAAAAAUGGUAGAAGAAUUAAUAGUGUAAAUAAGAAAAAAUAUAGGAAUAUAUCUUCUAUACGCAAGUUUUUUAACAAAAUCGAUGCCAAGAUCGAGUCAGAAAUUGGACGUUAUUUCUACAUCAAGGAGGGGGAAAAACAUUGUUAUCCAAUCAGAAAAAUAAAUGGGGCACGAAAAUUCUUUAAUGUUCUCAGCAAGUAUAGAGUGUUCGCUCCUCUUGGUGUGCUUGGAAUAAUUUCCCUGUUAAUUUUAACAUCCCUUGUAAAAAUGAAAUUCCUCGGCACAAUGUCCUCAUUGCCGCUUCGACUGCUUUAG